AUGACGGACGAAGCCGCCGCCGCCUCUGCACCACUCAUGCGCCGCCACCUGUCACCACCGCCACCCACCACCGCGCGGCCCGCCGACCCAUCGCCGGCCCCGCGGGCCCGUACGUCGCCGCCCGCGCCCGAGCGCGCCUCCCGCGGGCCUCCCGCGCCCCGCCGCCCGCGCCAGAGCCCCGACGACCCCGCCGCCUUUUCACCGCCGCCUCGCCCGGUGCGCCGCCGCGGACCCCGGCCCGCAUCGUCGCCGGCCACCGCCGUCCUCGCCUCCCACGCCUCCACGCCGCGCCGCCCUUGCCGCCGGAUCUCCCCCUCGCCGGAUCUGGUUUCCCCCGACCCCGGCGACCUCCCCAAGCUCAUCUCCGGCUGCCGCGCGCUCCAACUCCGGCGAGCUGCCGCUGCAUCGGUUCGCAUGCCCACGAAACCCUAG